CUAGCCCUGGAAGGGCUCCUUCGGAGCUGUUCCUGCGCAGGCGCAGCGGUGCGGACUGCCGAAAGAGCGCUUGGACCACGGUGGCAGCAGCCGAGGGUCUCCUGCCUCCUCAGCGGGUUCCGGGGGCGCUUCCACCGCCGCAUCCCUCCCCCUCCCAGAGAGUGGGUCCCUCCGGAGCCUCGCUUCCAGCCCCAGGGACGCUGCCUCGGUGCCAGGUCAUGGCCAGGCCCCUGAGCCCACGAGAGCCCGUCGGCCUCCUGAGAAUAAAGGUGGAAGAAGAUCUUCCCGGGUACCAAGAAUUCUUCCUGGGAGGAAAUAAGCCUGGGCCCUCUGGGCAGCGCUUCAGGGCAGCGGCCGGGGCACAGCCAGCCUUGUCUGAGGGGACGGGCCCCGGGGCCCCGCAGACUCCAGGCCGCAAGCCUCCUUUCCAGGAUUCUGCUCUUCCCUGGCAGGGAAUCCCAGGAGGAGGAGGAGGAAGGCUUCUGACAUCUGGAUCCCAGGACUCGGUGACAUUCAAGGAUGUGGCUGUGGACUUCACGCAGGAGGAGUGGGGCUACCUGGACCCUGCCCAGAGGGACCUGUACAGGGAGGUGAUGCUGGAGAACUACAAGAACCUAGUCUUCCUGGGACUUGUGUUUUCCAAACCUGAUGUCAUCCUGCAUUUGGAACAGAGGAAAGAGCCGUGGAGCCCACAGAGUAUUAACAAGAGAAAUGUCCCCAGAGGUCCCUGUCCAGAAUCAAAGACCAGGCCUGAGGCUAAAACAUCAAUUCCAAAGCAGAGAGUUUUUCAAGAAAACUCUUUCCCGGGGCUGAUAAUAAAAAGACUUCCAAGGAAUAGUCCCAUGUACUCAAAGUUUAGGGGACGAAAAGCCAGAGAAAAUGAGGGCAGUUUAAACAAAAAGCAGAGAAAUCAAGUGAAACCCUUUGAAUGUAGCGAAUGUGGGAAAAGAUUUAUCUACUGCUCUGAGCUCAUUCGACACUGGCGAAUUCAUACCGGAGAGAAACCUUAUAAAUGCAACGAAUGUGAGAAAACCUUCAGAUACUGCUCGUCCCUGAAUCAGCACCAGAAAAUCCACAUUUUAGAGAAACCCUUUGAAUGUAGUGAAUGUGGGAAAGCUUUUAGCGAUAACUCAACCCUCCUUCGACAUCAGAAAAUUCAUUACGUGGAGAAGACGUACAAAUGUAGCGAUUGUGGGAAAUCCUUUAGCUACUUCUCAGCCUUGGUCCGACAUCAAAGAAUUCAUACUGGAGAGAAGCCCUAUGAAUGCAGUGUGUGUGGGAAGGCCUUUGGGUACUGUUCCUCUCUAAUUCAGCAUCACAGAAUCCAUACCAUAGAGAAGCCCUAUAAAUGUGAUGACUGUGGAAAAGCCUUUACCGAUAGCUCAAACCUUCUCCGACAUCAGAGAGUUCAUAAUGUAGAAAAACCCUACAAAUGCAACGAAUGUGGAAAGUCCUUCAGUUACUGCUCAGUCUUCAUUCGACAUCAGCGGAUUCACACCGGAGAGAAGCCUUAUGAAUGUAGUGAAUGUGGGAAAUGCUUCAGCCACAGCACGUGCCUUACCCAGCACCAGAGAACGCACACUGGGGAGAAACCCUAUGAGUGCAGCGAGUGCGGGAAAGCCUUCAGCCAGAACUCGUCCCUUUAUUAUCACCAGAGAGCACACACGGGGGAGAAACCCUACAAAUGCAACGUGUGUGGGAAAGCCUUCAGUUACAAUGCCUCCCUCACCCAACACAAGCAAACGCACACGGGGGAGAAGCCCUACGAGUGCAGGGACUGUGGGAAAACCUUCAGCAGGAGGAACUACCUUACUGAGCACCAGAGGAUUCAUCGGGCAGAGAAGCUCUUUGAGUGCGGUGAGUGUGGCAAGUCCUUCAGUCAGAACUCAUCUCUCACUGAACAUCAGAGGUUUCACACCGGAGAGAAGCCCUACGAAUGCAGUGAGUGUGGGAAAGCCUUCAGCCGGAGCACGUUCCUAACUCGCCAUCAGCAAACCCACAGCGGAGAGAAACCUUAUGAGUGCAGUGAGUGUGGGAAGUCCUUCAGCCAGAGACAGUCCCUUUAUUACCACCAGAGGACACACACUGGGGAAAAGCCCUACGAGUGCAGCGAGUGUGGGAAAUCCUUCAGCCGGAGCACGUUCCUCACUCAGCAUCAGAGAAUUCACACUGGGGAGAGGCCCUAUGGCUGCGACGAAUGUGGGAGUGCCUUCAAGUGUGUCACAUGUCUUACCAAACACCAGAGAAUUCAUACUGGUGAGAAACCUUUUGAGUGUAAUGAAUGUGGGAAAGCUUUUAGCCAGAAAUCAUCCCUCUGUUACCAUCAGAGGACUCACACUGGAGAGAAGCCCUAUCUGUGCAGUGAAUGUGGAAAAGCCUUCAGGUACUAUUCAGUCCUUACUCAGCAUCAGCAGAUUCAUACUGGAGAGAAGCCUUAUGGAUGCAGUGUCUGUGGGAAAGCCUUCAGCCAGAAUUCCUUCCUUACUCAGCAUCAGAGGAUUCACACUGGAGAGAAACCCUAUAAAUGCAGUAACUGUGAGAAAGCCUUCAGCCAGAGGGCCUCCCUAUAUUACCACCAGAGAAUUCACACUGGAGAGAGACCUUAUGUGUGUGGAGAGUGUGGAAAAGCCUUCAGUUACUGCUCAGUCCUCAAUCAGCAUCAGCAGAUUCACACUGGAGAGAAGCCUUACGAGUGCAGCGUCUGUGGGAAAGCUUUCAGCCAGAAUUCCUUCCUCACCCAGCACCAGAGGAUUCAUACAGGAGAGAAACCCUAUGAAUGCUCCAAAUGUGGGAAAGCCUUCAGGUACUGCUCGGCCUUUAUCCAGCACCAGAAGACUCACACCGGAGAGAAACCUUACAAAUGUAAAGUGUGUGGGAAAGCCUUCAGUUACUGCACCUCCCUUUCUCAGCACCAUCAAACUCACACCGGUAAGAAGCCCUAUCAGUGCAACGAGUGUGGGAAAGCCUUCAGCUACAGCUCCUCCCUUACCCACCAUCUGAGAACUCACACCGGAGAGAAGCCCUAUCAGUGCAACGAGUGUGGGAAAGCCUUCAGCUACAGCUCCUCCCUUACAGAGCACCUCAAGACCCACACUGGAGAGAAGUCUUACGAGUGCAAGGAGUGUGGGAAGUUCUUCAGGUGGCGUUCAUCCCUUAUCAAACACAAAACUUCACACAGGAGUGGGUAUAAGGCUCACUGAGAAAAGCUCGGUUCAGACGCAUUUCUUCCAAGCACCAGACUGCGCUAGCUGUGAUUGCCCUCCCAGCCAUCAGUCUCCCAUCUCCAACGGCCUUUCCAACAUCUCGAAUUGGAUGUCCAGUAGACAUCUGAAUGACCUCAUCUCUUUCCCCUAAAUUUUCCUCGCCUCCUACCUCUCCCAUUAUGGUGGGGGGGCCACACCAUCCUCCUAGUGCCUCGGGCUUUCAGCCAAGGAGCCAUCCUGGAUCUGUAGCUGUCUCUCACCCCCCAUAUCCAGCUUUUUGCCAAAGCCUGUCAGUUCUACAUUUUCAGCCUUUUCUACUCAGUAUGGCCCCACCUGUACAGAUCCCCAUCACCUCAGGUCUGGACCAGGGCAGUGGUCCACUGGGAGCUCUGGCUGUCUCUAGACUCUCCCUUCAGCCACCAAAGCGAUUUUCCUAAAGGAUCAGUCUAUUUCAUCAUCCUAACCAAGAAGCUUCAGUGACUCCCCCUUGUCUUCAGAAGCAAAUGCAGGCCUUCAAAGGCCUUUAGAACCUGGCCCCCUCCACUUUUCCAGGCUUCUUGUGAUCUACUUCUCAACACGUUCUCCUCAACCCGGUGACACUGACCUGCAAGAUCCCCGCUUCUCCCUGGCUGUCCCCAGUGCCUGGGACACCCUAUCUCUGCUUGGACUGCUAAUCUCUUUGGCUCCUAAAAUCCCACUUUCUGUAGGAAGCCUUCUCCCAGCCCCUCUUAAUUCUAGUGCCUUCCUUCUGUUAUUUCCUAUUUAUCUUGUUGGCAGCUUCUUUGUAUCUGUUUGUUUGCUUGUUAGCCCCAUUAGAUCAUAUGCUCCUUGAGGGCAGGGACUAUCUUGCCCUCUUUUGUAUCAAUGCUUAGCACAGUGCCUGGCACACAGUGGCAUUUAAUAAAUGUUUAUUGAUUAUGAAAGA